AUGGCAUCUCUGCGGAACGCAGAUGGCCAGCUCAGGAACUACUUCAAGCAGCAUAGCCUGCCCCAGAUCUACGAGGCAUUACUCUGUGGAUUGUGCAUUAUGUGCCCUGAAAAUCCACUCCAGUUUUUGGAAUUGAAGAUUAAGGAAAUCAUGGAGAAGGGUCAUCAAGCUCUUCUAUGGGAUGCAUACAUAGAUGAAACAAGAAAACCAAAAAUAAAGGCAAUGACAGGAAGCUAUCUAGAAUACUUAUUUGGACAAGAUGAAGAUCAGCUGGUGUCACCAGAACUAUUUAAGAAAGCAUACUCCUUUUACAUCAACAAACUGCAAAGAUUAUACCUUGAUGCUUGGUUAGAGUACUGUGCAUCAAGGAAAGCCAGAAAACUUGACACCCAGGCCAAGCUUCAAAGUGCUGAGACUCACCAUGCAAACACCUUGCUGAAGACCAUAAUACACAGAUGGGAGAAGUGGGUGAAAUUUCGCAGGCAGCAACAUAUAGAGGCUGCCACCAGAAUCCAGAAAGUGUUUGACGAAUCCUUCAUGAAAAAGAUCUUGAAAGCCUGGAACGCUGAAACUCAGGACUCUAAAAAGAAGAGGGAGUACUUUGAGCGAUUGGAAAGAGGUGAUAUGGAUGAUUUAGGAAACUUUGAUUCGUCCACUGUUAGAGAAGGUGAAGAUGUUGUGUCACAGUUGCCGCAGAAAGCCAUUCUCAAGAUAUUUGCUUUCAUGGAUUUGAUAGAUCUUGCAAGAAGUGCCCAAGUGUGUCGAUCUUGGAAGAUAAUAGGGCAAAAUAGUUCUCUUUGGCACAGUAUUGAUUUUUCCUCAGUGAGGCAUCGUAUUCAAGACAAAUUUGUAGUGAAUAUCUUACGCAAAUGUCGGCCCUAUGUUAUACGUUUAAAUCUCCGCAGAUGUUCUUCUCUUCUCUGGUCUACAUUUAAAGGCAUAGGGGAAUGUAAAAACUUGCAAGAUCUAAAUGUGUCGGAGUGCCCAAAUUUAAAUGAUGAAGCAAUGAGAGUUAUCAUCGAAGGAUGCCCUGCUUUACUUUAUCUCAAUUUGUCACAUACUGAAAUAACUAAUGCUACUCUACGAGUCAUGUCCAGAUACCUGCUCAACCUCCAGUAUCUGAGCUUAGCUUACAGCCGAAAAUUUACAGACAAAGGCUUACAGUACCUGGGCUCUGGAAAGGGAUGUCACAAGAUCAUCUACUUAGAUCUCUCUGGCUGCACUCAGAUUUCCAUUGAUGGGUUCAGACACAUAGUUGCUGGAUGUGGAUCUCUUCAGCACCUGAGAAUCAAUGACAUGUUUACUCUCACAGACAGCUGCCUCAUAACUUUGUUGGAGACGUGCCAUAACAUUGCCUCUGUGUCUCUGCUGGGCUCCCCCCAUCUCUCUGAUGCUGCCUUCAAAAUCCUUGCACAUGGAAAGAAGCUUGUGAAAAUCAGAAUUGAAGGUAAUAAUCGAAUCACUGAUGCUAGCAUCAAAGCAAUCAGCAGAUCUUGCCCUAGUUUGAACCACAUUUAUUUGGCCGAUUGCCAGAAAAUUACAGAUGUCAGCCUGAAAGCAAUUUCUUCAUUGAAAAAUGUUGCUGUCCUGAACGUAGCAGACUGCAUAAGGAUCAGUGACCCAGGAGUGAGACAAGUCCUAGAAGGCCCUUCAGGAGUCAAGAUAAAAGAACUAAAUUUAACAAACUGUCUGCGUGUCAGUGACUUGUCUCUUCUCAGGAUUGCACAAAAGUGUCACAAUUUGAAUUUUCUAAGCCUUCGAUACUGUGAGAAUGUGACUGAUUCUGGUAUUGAACUCAUUGGGAAUAUGAGUUCACUUAUUUCCAUUGACCUCUCUGGGACCAGCAUUACAGACCAGGGACUGACAGCCCUUGCAGUUCAAAGUAAAAUAAGAGAACUUUCCAUUUCGGAAUGCCUUGGGGUCUCAGAUAAUGGAAUUCAGAAAUUUUGCCAUCAGUCAAAGGACUUGGAACUGAUGGAUAUUUCUCACUGUUUGCAAAUAACCAACAACACUGUAAAGACCGUGGCAUUCUGCUGUAAGAUGCUUACGUCUAUCAACGUGGCCGGAUGUCCUAAGAUAACAGAUAUUAGCAUCCAGUAUCUUGCUGGUGGUUGCCGUUACCUUCACAUUGUGGAUAUCUCUGGCUGUGUCCAUCUCAGUGAUAAGGCCCUGAAAUAUUUCCAGAAAUGCUGCCGACAACUUCGCACUCUCAGAAUGCUUUACUGCAAGAGUAUUACAAAGGCUGCUGUUUUGAAGAUUGAAUCAAAGUAUCAACAUUUGGAGUAUAAUACAGAUGAUCCUCCGCCUCGGUUUGGCUAUGAUCGUCAUGGUAACCUGUUCAAUGGCAUGUCACAUUUGGAGGAAAUGGAUGCGAUUGAUGAAGCAAUGGAUGUAUAA